UGUCUCCUGGAUGCAGCUGUUCUUCUGUAAACAUGGCGUCCGUAACAACAGCCACCUCGGAGUGGAUCCAGUUCUUCAAAGAUGCCGGGAUACCUGCUGGUCUGGCUGUCAACUAUGCCGUGUCUUUUGUGGACAACAGGGUCCAGAAGAACAUGCUGAUGGACCUCAGUAAGGAGAUCAUGAUGGACCUGGGCAUCACUGUCAUCGGUGACAUUAUUGCCAUCCUCAAACACGCCAAACAGGUCUACCGACAGGACAUGUGCAAAAUGGCCACACAGGCCAUAACCUCAGGACAGUCCAGCGUUCAGACCGAACUCCGAAGAACUGCCAACACCCCCGCCACACGUAUGAUUGCCAACGCCUUGAGCCGCGACUCACCGCCAAACACACCAACCCAUCACCCUGACAACCGGGCAAUCUCUGUGACAGUGUCCAACAAACAGGCCAAAGGUGGCAAAGCAGUGCUGAGCCGGCCUGCUGACGAGGGGAACGGUCUGCCGGUGAAGCGUCGGCGCGUGACUGCAGAGAUGGAAGGCAAGUACAUCAUCAACAUGCCCAAAGGCACCACGGCACGCACCGCCCGAAUCCUGGCCCAGCAGGCCAAGAAAGGGAGCAAGCGGAUGUCUGUGUUUGAGCGACUGGGAGCCGAGUCCAAGGCAGAUACCACCACGGGCAGCAGCAAGGCCACGGGUGUGUUCAGUCGUCUGGGCCGAGCAGACGGCGCGGAGGAGGAGCAGGGAACGGCAGGAAGGGUUGAUGUAGACGGAGUGGAAGAGGAGGAGGAGGAUGAUAGUGACGGAGAGGGUUCGGUCCUACAGUACGCUGGUGUCCUCAAGCGACUCCCAUCCUCCCAGAAGAAAGAGCCUGUGGCCCCCAAGCUGGCCCCCACCACCCUCCGCCGCCUGGGAGGGAAAUUCAAACUCCCCACUGAUUCUCCCUCCUCCUCGUCCUCUUCCUCCCCCGAUGGCCUCCCCCCUGCCAAGCUCAGCGUGCUUCAGAGACUGGGCAAGCCCCCUGCCUCCCCACCGCCUGCCGACACCCAGGACAGCCGGGUGACCAGCACCAGAAAUAAGGCCCGGCCAGGCCUGGCCCUGGCUAGCCCCAAAGUCAGCAGCAGCACCAGGGCUGGAGGAGGAGAGAGUUUUGGGGCUCAGAUGGACGUAGGAUCAGUCAAUGUCUUUAAGAGACUAGGCAGCAGGAGGACCUAACACAUAUCAGGUCAUGUCUAGACUUAAACCGUACCUUUUUAUUAUUUGGUAUUAUUCCCCUUACGUGUUGGAGUCAUGAAAAGCAUUGUGUUAUUAUAUCCAACCUUAGAGGUUUGAGACGACCACUGCAAUCAGCCUGGGUGAAUGAACAUUUUGGAUGUUUCAUCAGGUUUUGAAAGGUAAGUUUAGUUUCUAUAGGCAUAAAUUUGACCCAUCCGAGCGAACUACAUUUUUAGGUUAGACACAUUUUCUCCACGCUGCUGUUCCUCUGCCAAACAAGGAGAUUAAACGUUCUGUACCCAUCUACAGCUUUUAGUUGUAUUGUUUUAUACUAUUGUUAUGGCAUGGAACCAACACUGGCCUCUUGACCUCAUAUGCCUCCAGUUGGGGAUGCCAUCCGUUACCCCCCCCCCCCCCCCGGAAGGCUAGUUAUUGUGACAUGUUGAUGACAUCACAUAAAGAGCUAACCAGGGUACCAACAGAGACCUGUUUGUGCUAACGUUCCACUCCUUGUCAUGCUAUGUUUGUUAUGUGAGGGGUGGAAUGUUAGCACAAAACAGGUCUGUAUUGUAGGCUUUUACGGAGAGCUGCUUCUAGUGAAGCUGGCUAAGUGACACAAUGGAUUGUUGGUAUGCACAAUGUAACGUUAUUCCCCAUAUCACGUAAGCACUCACCUCAUUUGGGCCGUGAUGACCUGGAGAAGUACAGUCCACUGCGAAGACUUUAAUGCUGUAACUCUGGCCCUAGACUGGCAAACAGCACAUCAAUGAACCUCUCAACCCACAAGCAAGAGCAUCUCAUCACCUCAUUUUAUAUGAACUGUAUCUGUAGAAAUGCGUAAAUGCAUAUUGCUUGAUGAUGUCUACCUUUUUUGAAGGCUCCACCGUCACAUUGAUCCUCUGGUUGUGUACAGCCAUCUGCUUGAAAGCCAAGAGAUUCUGAGUUGUCUGUUCACGGAAGAGGAAGUUACCCACCCUUGACCUGGAAGUAGAUUUUAUUGUGAGUCCGGGGCUUAUUCAGUACGUAGAAAUGUAACGUAUAGAGCUCACAUUACAUGAUGCUUUAGUUGACUAACAAGAGAAGCAUGUUAGAAAGGGUAUGGUGCAGAACUAUCUAAAUGUGUAAUGUGCUUUCCUCUAUAAGACCCUGGUUUUUCAUAAUUCAGCAUGGUAUAGGAACUGAUAUGUAAUGUCCCCUUGAUAUCGAUGCAAUACUUAGCAGGUGUUCACCCAACUCAAUGUCAUUUUGAGACGGUCUUUUAUUUAUUUUUUAUUAAACUUCACACUGGAACUUUG